GUGAUCUCAAUUCUCAUAGAUCACAGACUGAGAAGAAGAUCAUCUUUUUUGCUGCAUACUCUGUUCUAUUAUCACUAUCUUUUCUUACCUUUUUUCUUAUAUUGGAUCACAGAGCCACGAGCAGGUUUAAGGCUUACAUUAGAGCUUUGUUGGAAGAUCUGCAAGGAACUUAAAUUCUUGACCACAUAAAUCCAGAUGCAUAAGUACAUAAAUUUAAAGACAACAUGGUAAAAGUUGUUGAUUUAGAUUAAAUCAUAAAUCUCUAUCCAGAGAUAGAACUAUUUAUGAAACUUGUUUAACUGUGGACACAGUGAGGUCUGAUAAAAGUGGGAUGAUUCAGAAAAGGAACAGUGAUAACACUUAAAACUGCAGACAGAAGAUAUCUUGAUAGAUUAGUGGAGUUAAAGAACAGACUGGGCCCUAUGUAGAGUCUUCUGCAACAACAGAAGGAUCUCCACCAUGCCAAGCAUGGAGGCAAGCCAUGAAAACUCGGGUUCACAGUCCCUCUCAGCUCUAAUGGACAACUGCAUCACCUUUGGCCAAACCCCUUUCUACUCAGAGGGGUUUGAGCAGGUGCCCUGCUUCUCCAGCCUAUCUCCAAGCUAUGUAUCCCAGUGCCAAGACUUUGUCCUAACAAAAUGUUGAGCUCAAACUGAUGGUUUGCCUGAGUUGAACUCUGGAUGGAUCACCACUUGCGUGCUGACUACUUCAAUCCGCGCGCUGGAAGGAUCACCACCCUCAACAGCCAGAAGCUCCCCAUUCUAAGAUUCGUCCAAAUGAGUGCUGUAAGGGGACUCCUCCGCCCGAAUGCCAUCAGAUCACCGCACUGGAAUGUCAACGCUCACAGCAUCGUGUACGCCUUGAGGGGAUGCAGUCGGGUGCAAGUGGUGGGACAUCGUGGUCAGACCGUAUUCGUUGGAGAGCUCCGUCAGGGUCAACUACUAGUCGUUCCACAGUACUUUGCUAUGAUGUUCCAAGCGCAACGCGAGAGCUUCGAAUGGGUCUCCAUCAAGACCAACGACAAUGCCAUGGUCAACCAUUUGGUGGGGAAGACAUCGGCUUUCCGUGGCAUGCCGGUGGAGGUGCUGAUGAACUCGUAUUGCAUCUCUAGAGAGGAGGCCAUGCGGCUAAAGUUUAACCGUGGAAAUGAAUUGGCCCUCUUCACUACUAAGAUCGAGAGGGAAGCGAUCAGAACUUCGGCGUAACGUAAUGGAGAGUGUGGCUAGAGGCGAAUAAAGCUGGGGUUUUAUGGAUAGAAACCUUGGAGCAUGACUGGUUUGAAGUGAAUAAAAGUUGUGGGCAACAAGAUGUUUGUAGCAUCAGCUCUCAACUCAAAUAAAUUAGGUUCCAUGUUUGGAGCUUUCUUC